AUGGGGAAACACUUUGGAGAGCUCGCUAAAAUAAGGGGACUUAUUACAUAUAAAUUAUCUCCUUACGAGCAACGCGCUUUUGCAGGAGCCAUAUCUCAUGGUAUACCCAACAUUUUCCGAAGAUUUCGUGAAUCUGUCUUCAGAGUCGCACCCCCCUUCAUCAUUGCGUACCUGGUGUAUGAGGGUGUUGAGAGGGAGCACCACCGUCUGUCGCGCAAGAACCCCGCUGACUUCGCCAAUGAUGAAUAA